UUGAAACCGGAAGUCUUGUAGUAGACAGCAAACAUGGCCGAGUACAGCCAGACUGGCCUUCUGGCGGCUCUGCUCGUCUUCACGGCUCUCACUGUCCGGGACGUCUACCUCGGCAGAUCGAGUCUGCAGCGCGGACACCCUUCGGCCGACAGCCCCGAACUUUCCCGCGCGGACACUGAGCCCGGGAAACCCACCAAGUCCUCCCUGUACACCGGGCCGGUGCUCCGGUUCCAGUACUGUAUCUCCUGAGGUUACAGUAAACUGUUUCAGGACUACUCUCACACCAUCAAUAAGUUGUACCCGGACAUCCGCAUCGAGGGAGAAAACUACCCCCCGACCCCCUUCAACAGGUGUGUGGGUAACCUGAUCUCGUACCUGAAGCUCCUCUCCAUCCUGCUGAUCGUCAGCGGUCAGAACCCCUUCCUCCUCCUCGGCCUCCAGACUCCCAGAGCCUGGACCUGGAGUCAGGACAACAAGAUCUUCUCCUGUAUCAUGGCGUUCUUCCUCUGCAACAUGAUGGAGACUCACUUCCUGUCGACCGGAGCCUUUGAGGUCACUCUGAAUGACGUCCCAGUGUGGUCGAAGCUUCAGUCAGGUUAUGUCCCCAACAUCCAGGAGAUCUGUCAGAUCGUCGACACCCAGCUGAAGAUGAACCAGGUGGAUCACAUGACCUUCUCCUCCACUUAGAGCUGCAC